GUUUACGUACGUUUGACGUAAGACCAUAAAACGUAAGUUGCUCAAAAGGAAUGGGGUUAUGAUGAAAACAAGUAAAAUUGUGUUAAUUCUUGAAUAAUACCCCAUAUAAAAGAUUUGCAGUCUAAGGAAACAUAACAAGAAUGCAUAAAAUACUUGAGUUUCAAGCUGUCGUGCUGGCUGCGGGGAGAGGUUCUCGAUUGCCUGAUGUUGGUGGGGCAGUCUCCAAGUGUCUCCUACCAGUGGGACCCUACCCAGUCCUAUGGUACUCAUUGAAUUUACUGGAGAAAAUUGGGUUCCAAGAAACAUUAGUGGUUGUUCUUGAUGAAGAUAAGUCCAAUAUAUUGAAUGCUUUAGAAAAGUGUCCAUUGAAAAUUAAAUAUGAAUUGAUAGUCAUCCCAUCAGAGGAGGACUGGGGCACUGCAAAUUCAUUGAAGCAUAUCAGCAGUAGAGUAACUACUGACCUGCUAGUGAUCUCGGGAGAUCUUAUUACUAACAUCAACCUCAAUGAAGUGCUGAAUGUACAUAGAAAGUAUGAUGCAGCCCUCACCACAUUGUUCUUUAACAAUGGCCCUGAAGAAUGGAUUGAACUCCCCGGCCCCAAAACAAAAGCAAAACCAGACAGAGAUCUAGUUUGUAUUGAUAAAGAAACACAAAGACUUGUGUUCUUAGCCAGCGCCAGUGACUUUGAGGAAAAUGUCACAAUUCCUAGGAUGCUUCUAAAGAAAUAUGAUUCAAUAAGCAUGUACAGUCGACUGCUUGACGCUCACGUGUAUGUGAUGAGACACUGGGUAGUGAACUACCUUGUAGAAUCGGACAGGUUUACUUCAAUUAAGGGGGAACUCAUCCCGCACAUAGUUAAAAAGCAAUUAUCUAAGCCUAAAAACCCUGCAGAGAAGAAAGGAACAUCUGAGAAGAAUGUAGAAAUCACAAAGGAUAUAUUUGACUUUGCUGUUGAGAGUGGCUAUGAGAGUAAAAUAAGAGAGAUAACAACUUAUAAUGACCAUAAAUUGGGGAGUAAGGGUAUCUUUUAUAAUGACUUGCUGAGAUGCUAUGCUCAUAUACCUAACAAGAACACAUUUGGAAUUAGAGUGAAUACAUUGUCUUCAUUUUAUCUAUCAAACAGCAAGAUAUUGUCCAACUGGGAGGAAUUGACUGGAACUCCACUUUCUGAGAGAUUCCACCCUGACAGUGAUGUCAAAACAAAGCAGAUAGAUGAAUCCAGUACAGUUGGCAUACAAAGUGUUGUCAGUGAGAAGACCUCAAUCAAAAGUACAUUCAUUGGUGCCAACUGUACUAUUGAGAACAAAGUUAGAUUGACUAACUGCAUAUUAAUGAACAAUGUCACCAUUAAAGAAGGCUGUGUCCUUCAAGACUGCGUGGUGUAUACUGGCGCGACGGUAGAUAACGGCUGUAGCCUGCAAUACUGCCUCAUAGGUCCUCACCACUCUGUGGCGGCUUCCACCACCAGCAACCACCAACUACACGCCGAAACCACUGACAACAUGAUCACCCUCGGCUAAACUAACAUACAAAUAACUGUACAAAAUGAAAUAAAUGUUUUAUAGUAUA